AUGUUGCGCUUAGUUCUUGCCUUUUGCCUGCUGAGCCUCGGCACCGGCUUGGUGCUCACGGAGAAGGCGGAGCCUGCUGCACCUGCUGCCAAGGCCAAGGAACCCAAGGACAGCGCAGUCCUGGCCGCCAGUGCAAAGGAAGAGAUGGAGGCCAGCGAGGCCGACGAGGGCACUGAAGCUGACGAGGCCGCUGAAGCUGACGACGAAGCCGUGGAGUCUACGGCCAGCGAGGAGGCUCCCGCGGACAAGGAGGAGUCUGACCCAGCCGACACAGUGGCCUUGGCGUCGCAAGGGCAUGAUGAACAGGACACGAAGGAUGAUCCUCCACCCCCUCCUCCUGGACUCAGCGAGAAGGAUAAAGAGGAGUGGUCUGAGACCAUGACAGACGAGCCAAAGGACGGCGAGGAGAAGGAGGCGGAGCCCCCUGCAGAUGUGGUCAAGGAGCAGGAGGCAGAUGCCGCUGCGCCGAGCACCAAGGACUCGGACGAGGCCAUGGACCCCCCGGACGAUAUGGAGUGA